GUACUAACUACAACUCUCCGAGGAAUACAAGAAUGUAAGAAAAUAGAUAUUCCCUCUUGAGCACCAAUUGCAGGGCCAUUGCCUCAUCCACCAGUCCAUUUUGAUGUGUGAGUUCACCAAUGAAUCAUGGAUGCUUAAGGAAAUUGACGGAUAUAAUGGUAGUUGACUAUUUUAAUUGUUCAUAUAUUUUACUGCAGGCACUCAGUGAAACAGUUAAAUUGGACAUCCAUUGUAAUGUUUAAGGUGAUGUUGUGCUCGAGUGUAUGAGUAUGGAUGCUGGUCUUGAACAUGGAGAAACAAUGUUCCAUGCAUUGUUUAAUACUGCAUUUAUAUCGGAUAAUGUUAUGAAGCUUGAGUUUGAUGGAAUGGAUGUCAGGUGGGGUCGCCAGAAUCAAUUUCCUAAGGAAUUUAUGGCAGAGAUUAUUUUCUCACAAGCAGAUGCUGCUACUUCACUCACAAUGGUUGAUUUGUCCAGUGAUGAGGAACCAAAGGAGAACCGAAUAAAGAUAAGCUUGACAAUGAUACCUUCUUUUGAACCGUCUCAAGAUGCAAUCACGACACAAAAUAUUGUUGAACCCCCCAAAAAUGCUGGCCCUCAAACAGCAACCAUCUUCAUCUUUGGCGAUGCCUUAAGUUGUCAUCUCAGGUAAUACGUUGAGAGCGGAAUUGUUUAUUGCAUGCUUCCAGUCACAGGGAAAUGUUCGACACUCAUUUUAUAUUGUUGAUCGGUGAGGCUUAUGAAUUUUUCCGACUUAAAACAUAGUCUGGUGCAGGUACCUCAAUUGAAAUGAACUGCCUCAAGUUCUCAUCUCAGGUAAUACGUUGAGAGCAGAAUUGUUUAUUGCAUGCUUUCAGUCACAGGGAAAUGUUCGACACUCAUUUUAUAUUGUUGACCAGAGAGGCUUGUGAAUUUUUCCGACUUAAAACAUGUGAGGGAAAUGUACAUUGUAUUAUU